UAAGGACAAAAUUUAAAAAUCCUCUUAUUUUAUUUAUAAUUUUUUACAACUAAAAUAUUUCUUAUGGAUGAUUUUUAAUAUACCACUUUUAUAUAGUUUGUAUGGCCGGAGUGAAGUCGUGAAUGUUGACAUUCAAUAUGGCGGUAUGUCGUCAGUGCUAUGCUGUGUCGUGCUUGUGAGUGUCGGUUUCGGGCAAACGGUAUAGCCUAUAGAUAGAAACAGAAUAUACGAUUACCUCCAACAAGCCGAUGUACCACAGAGCUCCGAUUCAGCAAGCAUUGAAGACAUCUGAGGAUCUAGUAUAUCAUAAUCAUAAGUAGAUUUAUUUUUCAAUAUUAGUGGUUUUGGUGAAGAAAUUGUGACACUUGUGAAAGAGACAUGUUGGUGUUCCAAUGAACACAAAGACUAAUGAAAAUGUGAUUUGUUUUCAAUAAAUUGUAACCACUUUUUAAAUUACAUUAUUCUGUGAUAUAUUCGUAAAUACAGCGUUUUUCGAGAAAUAUACACAGAAGAUACAGCGUUAAACAAGGAAUAAUGUCAAGCAAUCCUCAGUGGAAGAUGUUCCAGCCGCCAGAUUCACACUCAUCACCUCUGCAGGAUAUUCUAGAUCUCCAGCAUUCUAACAUGCAGGCAAAACAGGCCUAUCGAAAUGGUACGUUUAGCAGUGAUUAUCCAAGUUCUCCAAGAGAUAAUUAUAACAACGUGGGAAAGACUGGCGGGAGUGGCGGCAAUCGCUUCACUCUCGCCAACUACAACAUGGACGGGUGCCCGAUGGGCGACUCGGUGGGGGUCUACUCCUCCAGCUCCAAUAACACAUCGUCCCAGCAAUACGACUCUGCCAACCAUCCGCCUAUCAGAGAAACUGGGAUUAUUGAAAAGCUACUGCAUUCCUACGGAUUCAUACAGUGUUGUGAGAGGCAGGCGCGCCUGUUCUUUCAUUUUAGCCAGUUUAGUGGAAACAUUGAGCAUCUCAAGAUCGGGGAUCCCGUGGAGUUUGAGAUGACUUACGAUCGACGUACGGGCAAGCCUAUUGCUUCUACAGUCACCAAAAUAGCACCUGAAGUGGUAUUGAGCGAAGCGCGAGUAACGGGCACCGUGACCACCGAAGUGAAGGGCGAGGGCUCCGGCGACAACACGGGCAGGAUAUCGUACGAGAACCGCGGCGAGUGCUUCUUCCUGCCCUACACGAAGGAUGACGUCGAGGGUAACGUCACACUGCACACCGGCGACGCUGUCAGUUUUCAAAUCGCUACCAAUCAGAGGGGCACCCUAGGCGCAUGUCACGUGCGCUUCGAGAACCCCGUGCACCCGGUGAAGUACCACGGCGUGGUGUGCUCCAUGAAGGACAACUUCGGCUUCAUCGAGCGCGCCGACGUGGUCAAGGAGAUCUUCUUCCACUACUCAGAGACCAAGACCAAAGAGGAGCUCGCGCUGGGCGACGACGUUGAAUUCAUAAUUCAGACUAGAAAUGGAAAGGAAGUAGCCUGCAACAUAACGAAGCUGCCAAGCGGCUCCGUCGUGUUCGAGGACGUGAGCCCCGAGAUGAUGAAGGGGCAGGUGCUGAAGCCGCUGGAAAAGGGCGCCGCGCGCGCGCCGCAGAACGACCCGCUCCCCGGCCGCAUCCGGUACCGCGCCGCGGACCACUCCGAGGUCGAGGUGCCGUUCGGCGAUAAGGAUCAGUGCGGCGAGUUCACGCUGAAGCAUGGCGACUGGGUGCAGUUCCAAGUGGCCACGGACCGCAGGGACCAACUCAAACGCGCCACGAAUAUCUCCUUGUUAGAUGAAUCCUUCAACGUUUCUGGAGAGAGGCGGGAGCAAGGCGUGGUGUGCUCUCUCCGGGAAGGUUUCGGUUUCCUCCGCUGCGUGGAGCGCGAGCAGACCAUGUUCUUCCACUUUGCGGAGGUGCUGCGCUUCGGCCUCAUGGCCGAGAACCCCAAGGAGCCCAAGGACCCUAACAACGCCAACAAGUAUAUACUCAGCGUCGGUGACGAGGUGGAAUUCACCGUGGACCCAGUGACGUCGUUCUCAAACAUGAACACCCGCCAGAGCGCCAUCCGCAUCAAGCACCUUCCGCCCGGCUCCGUGCUCUUCGAGACCCUGGUCGAGCGGGGAGGGCGCGGCGUCGUCACUAAAGAGGCUCAGCUCUACAGCUCCAACUCCAGUCCUACUAGGAACCCGCCUCCAGAAUAUAAUGGCGUUAUCAGUUGUCAAAUCAACGGAGCUAAGAAGAAUCUUACCUACAUGGCCAAGAAGUGCGACUCCAAGAUGCUGCCUCGAGUUGGCGAUAAGGUCAUCUUCGAUAUUUAUCAGGUGAAGAGAACCAAGGAGCUGGUAGCGAUGUCAGUGACGAUCCAACACAGCCUCACGAACGGCGGCGCCAGCGGCGCCAGCAACGGCAGCGCCUCGUCGCGGGGCGUGCUGCACGGCUUCAUCGCCGCGCUCAAGGACGGCUUCGGCUUCAUCGAGACCUCCGACCACAGCAAGGAGGUGUUCUUCCACUUCAGCAACCUGGAGGGCAACCCGGACAACCUGGAGCUAGGCACGGAGGUGGAGUACGGGGUGGGGCGCGCGGGCGGCUCGGGCGGCGGGUGCGCCAGCGCAGAGUUCGUGCGCGUGCUGCCGCGCGGCACCGUGCCGCUCGCCAAGCCGCUCGAGCCCGCGCUCAACGGCACCGUCACCCGCACGCUGCGGGCGCUUAACCCGGAUCAGCCUAAAUAUUGCGGUCUGAUUCAAAUGGAGGGUGGCACGUCUUACGAAUUCGGAAUCAUGGGUCUUGCGUGCAAGCGCGAGAUCCUGCAAGUCGGCGACCCGGUCACCUUCCAAGCGGACGCGGAGGGCCGCGCCACCAACAUCGUGCCUAUACGCAAGAAGCGACGCGCCACCGUUGACGCCAUCAAAGGAGGUUUCGGGUUCCUGUCACUGGCGGUGGAGGCGGAGGAGCAGCGGCGGCUGUUCUUCCACAUGUCGGAGGUGCGCGGCAACCCCGCCGAGCUGCAGCCCGGCGACACGGUCGAGUUCGUCAUGCUCACCAACCCGCGCAACGGCAAGAGCAGCGCCUGCAACGUUGUCAAAGUCUCCAGCGGCAAGAGUGGCACAAAGCCCCGCCCCGAGCGGCCCGAGCGGCUGCUGGCGCGGCUGCGCACCGCCUCGCUGGAGGAGUCCGGCGCGCCGCGCGUCAUCGUGGUGCGCGGCCCGCGCGGGCCCGACGGCUCCCGAGGCUUCCGUCCGCGCCGACCCAUCGCAGAACUAUUAGCCGAGUGAACAUCAGCGGGCGACGCACCGCGGCCUCUGGACACCGGCAGCUACAGCUACGUUUGUAGGUAAACCUAAUGGUUUGAUUUUCUAUUCAAAUUGUUUCAUUGUACUCACGAGAGACUGACUGAUUCUCUUUUCUUUAGCAGCAUUUAGAGAAAUUGUUUUGUGAUUUUUACUAAUUGUAGGAGAAAAAAAACACUGUUAAUAAAUAGGCAGCUGCCAUGAUACCGAUCAAGUUACAUCCACGUUGCGGCUUGUGAUCAAUGAGCGAUGAACAUAUCAACUUUAACCGGACCUUUAUUACUUGCUUGAUUACAAAUUUCGUUAUUACUUAGGUAAGAGGUUCUUUUUCGCAUGGUUACUUUGUUCAAAAUUCCGUUUGACAUAUUGUUCUUUAGCUAUUGUUAUGGUUUGCCAAGUUUAGUGCCUGUGGUAUCGAGCUCUCGAAGACUAUUGUAAAUACCCACCGCAGCAGUCAGCCGCCUGAUCUGUAACAGACUGACUGCUGCCUUGGAUAUCCAUUUAAUAUUUUAUGUGCUUAUUUGUAAGGAGAAAAUCAUCUCUGACUCGUGAGUGUUCCGUACCCAGGACACGUUCUGUCUAGAUGUAGGUGACAUAUAACAAAUGAGGGUUUCUAGAUCUCACGUUAUUGUAACUUAUUGCAAGUAGAUCUCUGUCGGUUUAGUCUCUUCUGUGAUUUUGUAAUUUUUUUUGUGCAAUACAUUUGUGAAACAAAAGUGGCCCGUUUAGGGCGUAUGGCUCGUCGCUUGAUGCUUUGUAAAUUGUUUUCGCCGAUCUUGCAAGGCCCGAGCGACGGCGACCUAUUUUCGAAGUCUUAAGGGGCGUGAUUCCACCUUGUGAAUUAAUCUUUAAAUAUACCCAUGAGCAAUGUAAUUUAAUACAAUUUACCCGAUUUUACUGCUCAUGAUUAUAUUUUAAUCAAUUGUACAUGUCUCAUUUGUGAGACUUGGCGCCGUAUUACUAAUAACAACAAUAUUAAUUCACGAAAUUGAUGAACCCCAACUAUGAAAACAGGUUCCCUGCCGAUAUGUCUUAUAAGACGCAGAUUGCCUUUUUGGAUAGACGAGUAAGUAGUGUUGUAUUGUUUGUGUUGCCCAACCCACUUAAACAAAUUGACAAGUAUUUUGUGUGUAAAUUAUGGUGAGGCGAUAGGUUCUUGUUAUAUACCAAAUGAAUGUUUACCAAAGGACUAGAGGAUGAUGUAAUACUCUAACUUGGUGUGACUACGUGUCUGGGUCAGUCGAUGAAUACAAUCAAACCGUUCAAUCAAUGAAUCAUCAUUUCUUGACUCCGACAGUUAAUAUUUUUCUAUAAAAUUUAACAGUGGAAAUUGAAUCACGUUGUGUAGAUAAAAUUUUAUUAUUGAACCUUUUGUUUUAAAAUCAAAUUAAAAAUAAAAACAAAGCUGCUCUUUUUAUUAAAAAUCUAUAUCAGUUUUUGUAGAUAUAUCGUUGUUUGUUCAAUCUGAAUCAAAUUCAAUACAUUAAUUGUCUAUAUUUUAAACAUUAAGAUCCCAUUGUAAUCAGUGUGUACAGUAAGAUAUUAUUCACAACGACGGGACUUAAUCGCGUAAAAUAAGUUUUAAAUUUAACUCCGACGUUUCGAGGACGGCGUUGUCCCCGUGAUCACGGAAAAGUUUAAAUCAGUGUACAGUAAGAAAGUACCAUACCAUACUUUCAAUAUUGGCGAUUUGAAAUUCGCAUACUAAAAGGAAAAAAGCAAUAUGUAAAGCGGUAGGUUUGGUUUAUUAUUAGUUAUCAAUUAAGAUCAGGCACGCGAGCCACUGUUGCGCACGGCACGGUGCGAGACACUCCCGAACUUCCGCUUUUAUUAUAUCUAAUUACCCUCACAGACUAGCUUUAUUCUGUCAUAAUUAUAAUCAAAUAGUAAAUCACUUGUAUUGGGAAAAAAACAAAAAUGUUUACUAAAGAAACAAUUUAUACUUCGGAAAUACUUACACCAAAACUUCGGAGUAUAAGGUGUUGCUUUUUACCUGUCGAAUAUAUCCCAAUGUACAUUACUGUGAAUUUUAAAUAUCUAUUCGUGUUGUCUAUAUUUUGUUGUCGUUUAUGUGACGAAUAUUACGUUGAGUUCGUUUUGAAUGUAUAGUGAGAAAGGUAAAAAUUGGCAUGGUGGUGUGUGUCGGCCCUCCCGUAGCGCCGGUCCCGGUCCCGGUCCCGGUCCCGGUCCCGGUCGGUGAGCCAGGCCGCGGUCCGUCUUCAUCUGGUAUAAGUGCCGAUGGCUAAUCCUACUCUACCUUAUAUACUACGUAAAAACUAAAUGAACAAAAAUCAAACUAAUCGGAUAAAAAAGCAUUUAUAGAAGUAUGCAAUGUACUGGAAUGGAACCAAAGACUGAAAAAAAAAAAUAUUUAUUACAAUAAUAAUAUUGGUGUUAGAUUAUUUUAAUUAACGGUAUGUUGUGAACAUUCACUUUGCGGCCGUAGUAAUGUUAUAGUUUGUCAUCGUUCGAUAUUGUUUUAUAUCAAAUUUAAUGGAAGUAUCAAUGACUGGCGGUUGUGUGGCGCGUUUUUUCGUUCUUUAAGCCCCAUUAAGACGGUUCAAGAGCUUGUAUGCAAGUUUCUUUACAUUGCGGUAUUUGGUCGGUCGACUGAACUCAUUGUACUCUGUCUGUAGUUAGCAACGUAGCGAAUAUUGCGUACACGUUCUUGAACCGUCUAAAUGGGGUAUUAAACGUAGCUUUUUUGGAAUCAAUUCGUUUAGUAGAUGUUGAUUUCUAGCGGCGCCAAACUAUCAGUUGUGUAGACUGAAAGUAUACAAGCAAUACGAUAAUGUGUUCAAGAUCGUAUUCAGACGAAGGGAUAGUUUAAGCUGGCGACGUUGGGACGCCUCCCUCCCCGCCCGUCCUCUGCACCGCGGCCGUCUCUUCCUCCCUCUUUCUUAUCGUUACUAUCAAUUACUUUGCUAGUGCUUAAUAAACUGCACUGCGUUUAUUGUUGGUGACAUCAAAUUGUGCGAGUAUUGUUUGAAAAUAAUAUGUAAAAUAAAUUUAAACUGUAAGUCAAAAUAAACAUGUAUAGAAUUAAAAAUGUAAAAAAAAAGGAAUUUUGGACAAACGUUAAAAAUUGCGCUUUAUAAUACAAGAUUUUAAUUGCUGUAUCAUAUAUAUGCUCAUGUAACCAUAACUUAGUAAUAGUCUUAAUAAUAUAAUAAUCAGGAUUCUUGGUGUUGUAGCGUACGAAGGUAAGCCCCGGGUCUGUUCGGGUAUAGGUAUUAUUAUUAUACUAGUCUUAAACGAUUACGCCGAUUGUCAAUUUGUCAUACUACGCAGACGAUAGAUGUAGUGCUAGUGCUAGCGACGCCCGUCGUCGUCGCCGGCGCCGGGAGUUGCCGCGGCCGCGUGACCGCGAGCUCACGACCCACACUUCUGUGACACGCCACGACACGUAGCUGUUAUUUGGGGAACCACUCGGAAAUGCCAGUGCCUAAAAGAACCUCUGAAACAGAAUGUCUAAAAAAAGUUAUAAAUAUAUAUAAGCCUUUCAGAAUUACAAACUUUUAAAGUAAUCAUAAGAUUUUAUUUUAAUUUAGUUGGAAUGUAUUCGUUAGUCAAGUUAUCUAUGCCAAAUGUUUAUACUACCCCAUACGGUUUUGGGAGCGUGAAUGAAAUGGAUGUAGGUAACGAUCGCGAGCACCCACGGCGCUCCCUCGAGCCGCCGAGGAGCGCCGUGGGGCCUCCCACGCUUCUCACCCCAUGCCGACUAUCCAUUUAGUUUCACAAUCAGAUGUAUUUUUACUACGUGAGUUUCUUGUAGAGGAGCCAUUAACACGGUACAACUUUCGAAUUUUAAUGUUAACGUGAUAAUUUUUAUAUAAUAUGUGAUGACUUUUAUAGGAGUUGUUGACGAACUGGCUACUUUACACGAUUCGUUAACGUGCUGUUGUGAAAAAUGCCGGCCGCGGUGCCGCUCGGGCCUAAAUUAAUCGUAAUCGGGGACAAGAAAUGGUCUCACUAUCCUAUUACUUUCUCAGAAUCGUGUACCUAUAUCUUUCUAAGUUAUUUUGUAAUCCGGACUUUUAUUUUAUAGUUAGGUUUCUCAUUCCACUGAGAAAGUGAAUAGAAUAGAAGUGAGACGGCUCGACGGCUUCGCGUCUCGCGAUUUUCACUGAUCAUAAAUAAUCGUCAGCGAUGCCUAACCCGUGCCUUCGAGCGAGGGCCUUCUCACCUACCCCGCCCCGUUGCCUGCCGGCGACGCAGCACGGCGACGAGCCGCAGGGUUAACGUAGCCACGUUGGUUAGCUCGUUGGACGUGUAUGACGCUGUAUACGUUGGAACGAUUGCAUAUUCUAAAGUUAUUGUGAUUGUUUGCCGUCGGCCGGCCCCGGCCUCGCGGGCCGGCACACCAUGUUUAUAGCUUGUACGACUCGUACGAAUAGGUACAUACAUAUACCAAUAAACGAUGUGAUUACGCCA